AUGUGGGUGUGUGUCUCCAAUGAUUUUAGUAUGAAAGUAAUUGUAGAACAGAUCAUAAAAUCCGAAACCUCUAAAGAGCCUGAAAACCUUGGAAUUGAUAAAUUGCAAGAAAAACUUCGCCAAGAAAUUAAUGGAAAAAAAUAUCUACUAGUUUUGGACGAUGUAUGGAAUGAAAAUCCUAAUAGUUGGAAUGAAUUGAAAGAUUUGUUAAAGAACGGUGCAAAAGGGAGCAUGAUAUUGGUGACUACUCGUAGUGAACAAGUUGCUAAGAUUACCAGCAAGGAUCGACGUUAUCACUUACAAGGCCUGCCAAAAGACAAGUCUUGGUCUUUGUUUAAGCAAAUAGCAUUUGAACAAGGGGAAGAGCCAAAAAGUUCAACACUGAUAGCGAUUGGGAAGGAGAUUUUAGCUAAGUGUGCAGGAGUCCCUCUUGCUAUUAAGACAAUAGGACGUUUACUUUAUGAUAACUAUGCAGUGGAUGAUUGGUUGCAUUUCAGGGACAGCGAAUUGUCAAAAAUUGAUCAAGAAGAAACUGAUGUUUUACCAAUAUUUAAGCUUAGUUAUGAUUAUCUCCCUUCAUACUUAAAACAAUGUUUUGCUUAUUGUGCAUUGUUUCCCAAAGAUUAUAGCUUUGAAAAAGAGAAAGUAAUUUAUCUUUGGAUGGCACAAGGUUUUGUUCAAAAAUCAAAUGAGAACCAAUCCCCGGAGGAUCUUGGGAAUAAGUAUUUCAUGGAGUUAUUGUCGAGGUCAUUUUUUCAAGUGGCUCCACAAUAUAGGGCUAUAUUCAUGUAUAAUACGCAUUAUCUUGGUCGAAGUCCGAGAAAAACCAUGUAUAAAAUGCAUGAUCUUAUGCAUGAUCUCGCACAAUUAGUUAUAGGAAGUGAGGGCAUCAUAGCAACUUCGUGUACAAAAUAUAUUAAUGAAAGAUGUCGUCAUGUAUCACUUGGUUUCCAUUUACAGCCAUCGCAAAAAUUUCCAGAGGAGUUGCUAAAAGCAAAACAUAUAAGAACUCUGCUUUUUCCAUUUAAACCACUGAAAUCCCCAGGGUAUAUUAGACCUAAUCUCAGUUGCAGGAAUAUCUUCUUUAUCUACUGUUUGUGCUGGUAUGAUAGUGAGAAUUUUCGCGAUGAAAUUACGUUGACGUAUGCUGGAUCAAAAUUUUGGUGCUUGCGUAUUUUGGAUUUCAGUUGCUUGCGUAUGUUGGAUUUGAGUUGCUUGUACCUGCAAAAGUUACCAAGUUCUAUUGGAAGGUUGAAAUAUCUACGAUAUCUUGACCUUUCUUGUAAUGAGAUCAAAAAACUCCCUAAUUCAAUAUUGAAGCUAAUAAAUCUGGAAAUAUUAGAUCUCUCUUACUGCUAUAGGCUCAAGAAAUUACCAAAAGAUAUGAGAAAAAUGGUGAGUUUGAGAUAUCUUAUAAUCGAAGAAUGCACAAGCUUAUACAAGGGAAACGGAGGAUUGCCAACUGAACUGGAGCCAUUGACCAAGCCUCGGAAGACUUCGCCACUGUGA